AUGACAAAAGGGCGAAGUAAAAAAAGUGGGGCUGGAAAGAAAAAGAAGCAAAAAAAGUCAGAUGUAGCCUCAGGCUCUAAUUCAAACCGUGAUACAGAUAUGAUCAUCUCGGAAGCUUUGUCCCUGCUUGAGGAAAAACAUCAACCUGAAGAUGCGUUGAAGUUGCUUGAAUCUGUGGAUUAUAAAGGACACAGAAAAUAUUGGAUGCUCCAAGUUGAAAGUUUGGUGCACUUGAACCUACAUGAUAAGGCAUUUGAGAGUGCACUUCAACUUGAAGAACAACGUAAAUCUAUUGAUCGGCCCUUGGUUUUGGGUUGUUUGGGGUAA